AUGGUUGCCAUACAUAAAAGCCCCGAAGAAGAAGCACCUAUCCAUGGCGAUGUUUUAGAAGCAAUAUUCUCGCUCGUGCCACUCAUCCAUCUUGUUCCAUCUUGUCACGUGUCAAAAGCAUGGAACAGUGCUGUUUUCUCUUCACUCACACACGUUAAACAAAUCAAACCAUGGCUCAUAAUUCUCUCCCAGACAACACUCUCUUCGCGCGUGAAUAUCGCUCACGCUUACGACCCUCGUUCCCACUCCUGGAUUAAGAUAACUAAACACCAACCGUUGAUAAAAAAACACCGUGAAAUAUCAACCGUUAGAUCAUCUCACUCAACUCUGCUUUACACGAUAUCACCUUCGGAAUUUACAUUCUCACUCGACGCGCUUCAUCUUGGCUGGCACCAAGCACCUGCUCCGCGCGUGUGGCGAGUGGAUCCAAUAGUUGCGUUGGUUGGAAAACGCGUGGUUGUUGCUGGUGGCGCGUGUGACUUCGAGGAUGACCCACUUGCGGUAGAGAUGUACGAUACGGAGAACCACCGCGACUGGAUCAUGUGUCCUUCGAUGCCUGCAACGCUAAAGAGCGCGUCGGCAUCGACGUGGAUAUCAGUCGCCGUCGUCGGAGAAACGAUGUACAUGACUGAGAAGAAUUCCGGCUUGACGUACUCGUUUAAUCCAAUUACGAUGAAUUGGGAAGGACCGUACGAUUUACGUCCUGACGAGAGCGUAUUCUACUCCGUUACCGGUUUGUUAUCGGAGAAACUGACGGUGGCCGGUUUGGUGGGUGAACCGGGGAACGUGAGAGAAAUAAUACUAUGGGCGGUUAAGGAGGAAUUAGGUUCGGGAAUGGAAGAAAUAGGUUCGAUGCCGAAGGAGAUGGUGGAGAAGUUAAAAGGUGAUUCGGAGUUUGGUUCGGUGGAAGUGGUUUGGGUUGGUAAUUUCGUUUACUUGCGGAACACGUUGGUGCUUGACGAACUUGUUGUGUGUGAGGUUGUGAAUGGGAACAUGUGUGAGUGGAGGAGUGUUAAGAACGCGGCGGUUGACAGCGGAACGAGGAUGGUGUUUUGCGGCGGUGAUGUGCGGAUGGAGGAUUUGCAAAGAGCCGUGUCGUUUGGGGAACAGACAAUUUGCAUGAAACAACUUGAAAUGUAG